AUAACUAAUUUGAAUAAUUUGCAAUGUGCAAAGUGGCGCUUACUUUUUGCCGUCUGAAUUAAUUUACUAAUUUUUUUUUAAAUUUUGUUCUGCCAACUUGCAUUGGGCGUUUCCAUUGAAUAUUCGGUGCGAUUCAAUUUUCUUCAGGCGUUUGGAGCUCUGAAAUUGAGACGAGGUUGUGUUGUUUCUGUGAUUAUUGAGGAUUAAAAUUAAAAAAAUUUACAAGGUCGAUUGAGUUGAUGGGGAACAGGAGCUCUGGUUCUGAGAAUCGGGGGGGUUGGGGACAAUCUUCAAGGGCUCCUCAGAAUCAUCCUGUGCAGCAUCAAAGCUACGCUCCUCAAGGUCAAAAUGGGGCUCCAUCUCAGUCACGGCCGGAGAAGAGUCUCGAUAGGAGGUUUUCGAGGAUCGCAGAUAAUUAUAAAUCGUUGGAGGAGGUUACUGAAGCUCUAAGACAUGAGGGUCUUGAAUCUUCCAACCUUAUUGUUGGAAUAGAUUUCACUAAGAGCAAUGAGUGGACAGGCAGGAAGUCAUAUAAUGGUCGAAGCUUACAUCAUAUUGAUGACCGUCUGAAUCCUUAUCAGCAAGCAAUAUCAAUUAUUGGGAAAACCUUGGUGGCUUUUGAUGACGACAACAUGAUUCCGUGUUUUGGAUUCGGAGAUGCAUCAACACAUGAUCGGCAUGUAUUUAGUUUCCGUCCUGAUGGAAGAUUCUGCCAGGGAUUUGAGGAAGUCUUGAGUUUAUACAAAGAAAUUGUUCCUACUUUGAAACUUGCAGGUCCGACAUCUUUUGCGCCAGUAAUUGAAAUGGCUGCAACUAUUGUUGAGGAGAGUGGAGGCCAGUAUCAUGUUCUACUGAUCAUCGCAGAUGGACAGGUUACCAGAAGUGUUGAUACUCAGCGUGGGCGUUUAAGUCCACAAGAGCGUCAAACUGUUGAUGCAAUUGUUAAAGCUAGGCAAGUUCCUCUAUCUAUUGUUUUGGUUGGGGUUGUAGAUGGCCCCUGGGACAUGAUGAGGGAGUUUGAUGACAACAUUCCUGCUCGGGAUUUCGACAAUUUCCAGUUUGUCAAUUUCACAGAAAUCAUGUCAAAAAGUGCACAGCAAUCCCGGAAUGAGACAGAAUUCGCUCUUUCAGCACUGAUGGAAGUCCCAAAUCAAUAUAAAGCAACAAUGGAGCUUAGUUUAUUAGGCCGAAGGAAUGGGAAUGUGCCCCGUCGGGUUGCCCUUCCUCCUCCUGCCUGUGGUGCUGCUUUUGGUUCGGUCUCAAAUCCCUCAAAGGCAACAAGCUUUCAACAUAGCUCAAGUUCAUACGUUGCUCACAACUUUGCUGCAGAUACUACAUCUCCUUCUCCUGAUGCUGCUACAACCUCUCUUGAUGAAGACCGGACAUGUCCAAUUUGCCUUACUAACCUGAAAGACAUGGCCUUUGGUUGUGGUCACCAGACAUGCCGUGAUUGUGGCCAACCUCUUGAACUAUGCCCAAUCUGCCGCAGUAAAAUCAGGACCAGAAUCAAGCUCUACUGAAGUUGAUUUGCCCCGUUGCUCGUGUAUCGACUUCAUAGCAUUGAAUUUCUUCAGUUUCUUGAUGCAUGCUAGCUAGUUUGUUCAUGUGUGUUUGUGCAUAAAUUGUGGUUGCGAUAUCUUUAUUCUUUUUCCUGGUAAGUAGUAGUAUUUCAUAUACAGAGAUUGGUGAGAAUGAGAUCAAGCUUAAUCAUAGCCUUGGGUUAGGAGUUCAAUUA